GUCAACUGAUUCAAAGUUUACUAAGUUAACCUCCAAAUUCCAGCACAGUUUCAUGCCCGAAUUAAACUAUGUAUAUGAACAAGAUUAACAAGUUACUAGUCUGUACAAAAUGUGUUCAAAACCAGUUGCGUUUCGUAAAAACUGUAUCAGUACACGAAAAAUUAUUUACCAAUUUGUUGGGGAUGAAAGAAGAAGAGGCCCACAAGUAUGUAAAGAAUCAUAGAUUAACGGAAAUCGAUUCAAAUAGAUUGUACGAAACCAUAAAAUUUUUCAAUAAUAAACCAUUAGACAUUAAAGAAGUUCUGAAACACCCGAAUGUUUUUCGUUUCGGCGUUAAACAUACGUGGGAUCAAAUUCACAUGUAUCUUCAGGAAUGCGGUAUCCAUGAAGUUGCCUUAGAUAUCCUAUUAGAUGUACGAAAAAUCCGCGCAUCAUCAAUAAGUAAAUUAAAGGAAAUAGAACUGAUAGAUCAAGAAUUAAAAGUAGCUGAAAAUCUAAUAAAAUACCUGAAACCACUUCCGAGUAAUUUUGACGUAAGCGAUCUGUUGGACGACGAAUUAACUCUUGGUCAUAUACAUAAAAACAUAGUCCAGAGAUUCAUUUCAUACAGAUUGGAAGCGUCGCCUGAAAAAAUAGAAAAAUUAUUUCGCACCCAUCUGCACAUCCAUAAUAAAAGCUUGACCUUUUUAUGCGAGAAUAUCAACAUAGCUUUAGAGUUGGGAUAUUCAAAGACGAGGCUAAUGAACAAUGGAUACAUCUUACAGACGAAUCCUUUGAAUACACGUGAAGUCCUCAAUGCAUUACCUACCCUAGCGCAAUGUGACAUGAGGGCCCAAAUGAAGAUGUAUCCUAAACUCAUAGGAAUUUCGUUACAAAACUUUUUGCGGACUUACGAAUUACUGCGGAAAUGUGGUAUUGCUGAUGAACAUAUUUCUAAGAAUAUGAACAUAUUUUCCUUAUCGACUAAAACAAUUCAGAAUAGAAUUAAUAACAUUAAGAAGGUUCCAGAAAUGAGGUUACUAAUGAAAAACCCAAAGAUGCUCGACAUGAUUAUACAUUAUCAUAAAGCUAUAAAUCGACUCGAUUUGCUACAAAAAGUUAAACUCAAAUGCACCAGUUUGAGUGUAAUUGUUUCAGACGUUUUCGAUGAAUAUGUGAAAGAAGGGAAGGACGUUAAUAGGAAAAGAGAAUUAAUGAAAUUGAUUAGGAGCAUGGUCAAGGAUGACGAUAUAAUCGAGGAGAGAUUCAUGAAGCACCCAUUUUUCUUGAAUGUACCCUUCGUUGAGAUCGAAAAGACGUAUUUGUACCUGAGGGCACAUUCUUUCCUCAACAAGCAAAUCGCAGUGGCAAUGCCAAUUUUGCUCUACCCAAAGGAGAAAGUCAAAGAGGCUCUUCAGACGAUUUAUAAUGAUGAGAGAAUUAAGUACGCGCAGGUGAAAAACAGUCAAGUUUUAAAUACGGCUUUGUACUUCUUGGAGAGGGAUCAUCACUUCACCGGAAACGGCAUUUGGAGAAGCGUGGAACCGGAUGACGAAUCUUAGACCGAUUAGUAUUUACUACCUAAAGCAUUACGAAUGAUGCAUUCUUGUUACGGUAAAAACAAAAUUUUGUUCUUUUGCGCUCUACCAGCAAAAUUGUAUAAUCUUUGUGAUGUUUAAAUCUGAAUAAACAGACUGUGCAG